ACAAGCAGGUGGUACGCUCUUUGUCUCCGCGUGCUAUCUACCCACCUCUCCAGCUUUCAAAAAGACACGAGGAGCGACGAACGGCCGAUUGUCGCGUGGACCAUGGCGACGGUAACGGGAAACAACUCCAUGAUCCCGGCCGACAACGUGGUGAUGGCAGUUCCCAAGAAGGGGAGGCUGUACGAUCGCUGCAUGAAGCUUUUGGCGGGGGCGGGUAUGGACCACCGCAGGCCCGCGCGAGUGGACAUCGCCCAGUGCAGCGACCUCCCGGUGACCCUCGUCUUCCUGCCCGCGCACGACAUCGCCAUGUUCGUCGGGGAGGGGAACGUCGAUAUCGGCAUCACCGGGCUGGACGUCGUCAAGGAAACGUCGGACGACUCCGAGAUAGAGGUUGCCAUGGAGCUGGGGUUCGGAAAGUGUAGGCUGUGCGUGCAGGCUCCGGUGUCGGCCGGCAUCACAGACGUCAAGACGCUCUCCGGGAAGCGCAUCGUGACGUCAUUUCCGGCUGUGUGCAAGGCGUUCUUCGACCAGUACGAUACGCCGGAUAACCCCACGAAGAUAAAGUAUGUGUCCGGUUCGGUGGAGGCAGCUUGCGGGCUGGGAUUGGCGGACGCGGUAGUGGAUCUGGUGGAGACUGGAACGACGAUGAAGGCGGCCGGGUUGGAAGUGGUGGCGGAGGUGAUGGACUCGCAGUGCCUGCUCAUCGUCGGUAAGGGCACCAAGCACCGGGAGAUGGUGGACCUGAUCGUGCGACGCAUCGAGGGCUACAUCACCGCAGAAAAGUACUUGAUGGUGUCGUACAACACCUCGAAGGAGAACUUGGAAGCUUGCAAACAGGUGGCCCCCGGCAAGCGAUCGCCGACGGUUUCUCAGCUGGACACGGAGGGGUGGUUCGCCGUCCAGGCCUUGAUCCUCAAGAAGGACUCGAGCCGCGUCAUGGACGAAUUGCAGGGCUGCGGAGCAACAGACAUCUUGCUCUUCGCGAUGCACAACACACGGAUUAACACCUCGUCCUGAGCGCUUGUUUUUGGAAUUUGUCGGCCGUGAACUAUAUUCCUUGUGGCACGAGGCAAACUAUGUAGUGUAACGGUCUCGCGCUUCGGCGCUGUUUUUUUUUUUUGUGUC